CGGCUUCCACCGCAUCUCGGCUCUACGUCCCCGCGGGCCGAUCUCCACAUCCCCGACCGGACGCCGCCGACACCUGCCGUGCCGCGUCCACGCGCUCUCGGCGUCGGAAAGAGCAAAUCGACGGUGGCAGCAGACAUGGACAAGAACAUGAUGCUUCUCAUGAAGAUGUCCGCCAUCCAGCUAAGCAAGUGGCUUGUAACAAAGAUGAAGCCCAGCAGAAGAUCCUGGGACUGAAGCACGCGUCACUUCACACCGAUGGCCUGGGCUGAGUUUCAGCUGGCCCGCUGAAGCCAUGGGGAGCUGUUGGAGCUGUCUGUACAGGGACCCCAGCCGAGACAACCAUCUCACCAAGUUUAAGGUCAUCAACGUGGACGAUGAAGGCAACGAGCUGGGCUCUGGUGUCAUGGAGCUCACCCAGACGGAGCUCAUUCUUCACACGCGUAAGAGGGACGCCAUCAGGUGGCCGUACCUCUGCCUGCGCCGCUACGGCUACGACUCCAACCUGUUUUCUUUUGAGAGCGGGCGUCGUUGCCAGACUGGACAGGGAAUAUUUGCCUUCAAGUGCUCUCGGGCUGAGGAGAUCUUCAACCUGCUUCAGGAGCUGAUGCAAUGCAACAGCAUCAACGUGGUGGAGGAGUCCAUGAUGAUGUCUGGCAGCGGCCACACGCCAGAGAUGGAGAUGUCUCGUGCACCACAGACGCCCAACACUCCCGGUUUCCCUGUGCCGGCUUUUCCCAAUGGAUACCCUGGUUAUCCAAUCAGAGGGGAUUCCUCCCAGCCUUCCCUUGCUGAGGAUCAUGGACACAAUCUGAUGGCUUUGGAAGACCAGACCCACACUUAUGUGAACACUGUUAGCAUGGAAGGGGAUCUGGCCAUGCGUCACUGUGUGCACUCCCUACCCGAGGUGCGGCCCAGCACUUUCACCGAAACGACGCGCGUCGGGGGCCAAGGGAACGCACAGUCCAACCUACGGUGCUGUCCCCUCGAGGAGCAUCAAGAUCCACAGGUGUUCAUGCAGCCAUCGUCGCAGGAGGUCAAGUUCAUGCUGGGCCCCACUCCAGCUCAGCGUCAUCUACUGCAAAGGGAGCGAGAGCGGGAGAGGGAGCGGCUCGCUCACGGCCCCCGCAGCCUUCAGCCAGUAGAGGGCGCAACAGGCUCAGAGACGGACGGAGACGAGCCUUCGAUGCACAUGUGCAACUCCCUCUCCUAUCACCAUUUCCAUCACCAUCCGCACCGGCACCCGUGCCACGAGCACCCUGACAGUUGCCGGGGCGUCGAGCUCACCUACGAGAACAUCAACGGCCUGAGGAGCGGGCGGAAGCAGCGGCUGAGUCCCAGCAGCGUGUCCCAGUCGGUCGGUUCGAGCAGCAGCAGCAGCACCGGAGACAGCCACUCCCACAGUCUCCUCCACCCGCACGGCCCAUCUUCGCUUCCCCCGCAGGGCUACGGGUGCGAGAGAGCCACGGGCGGAGGUCACCGCCGGACGGCCCUGCUCAACUACGAGAACCUGCCCUCGCUUCCACCAGUGUGGGAGUACAGCGCCCUGCAGCGCGACGACGAGCAAGAAGACGACGACGACGAGGAGGCGGACGAGGAGGAAUACGAAGAGGAGGAGGAAGACUUUGAUGAGUACGAGUUUUCGGAAGGGCCCGAGACAAACAACGGGUACCACCCGGACGGGCGGGGCAUCCACAGAGAUGCCCUGCAGAACUAUGUCAACACAGAACAGGUGCAGCCGCCCAGAAUGCGACACAGCUGCCCCCCGCAUCCACGACCAUGUCAGCCCGACCGAGGAGGGGGCAUAUUUAACUUUGACUUCCGCAGGCGCUCCAGGUCAGGGGUCGGAGUCUGCGAGCACGGGCACAUGCCUCCGUCCAGGCAGCUGAACUACAUCCAGGUGGACCUUGAGGGAGAAAGUCCCUGCCAAGCUCUCGGCGCCGGCGGGGGGCCGCACCAGCGCCUGCCGCCCCAAAAGUGCGGCCCACCGGCACCCCGCCGCAGCGAAUGCUACGCGGUCAUCGACCUGAAGAAGACGGCGGCCAUGUCCAACCUGCAAAAAGCUCUGCCCAGGGAUGAUGGCACUUCCAGAAAGACCCGUCACAACAGCACAGACCUGCCUCUGUAAACCACGUGGAUCGUGAGCAGCAGACAAGACGACAGACGAAAGGCUCAUCCUCAUUUUAGCACACUGGAUUCGUCACUGUCAUCCGGCCAUUUCCACUGCGGAGCUGACUCAGACAGUACAGGUACCAGAUUAGCAACCCUACUGUAUCUGUGUGUAUGAAAGGGAACCUCUUGCCAUUUUAUGCUGUUAUUUAUUCACCGUGUCGUGACGCUCUCUCCGAAAUUGCCACUCUGGAGUGCAAACAUCGUUUGCUUGGUUUCGAACGACCGAGCGUAUUGGCAAUAUGCUGAGCAAUGAGAACGGAGGGAGGCGUCGGUGUGAAGUGGGAGCAGCCAUUCCCUUUGUGUAACUUAAUUAUGACUCCCUCUCACCAUUUCCCCUCUAUUGUUGCGUUCAAGUACUUCCCCAUCUAGCACAUCCACGUGACAGCUACUCACUUCCUCAUAAGAGGCCAGACACAUACUGAGGUGUAGCCUACUGUUUAUUUUUCCAAGAACUUUCUGGCCUUUGUCCGUACCUCGCGGCCGGUGGAAACAGGUUAUUUAUUCAUAUUUGCCAGUAGAGCAGUUUGCACACAAUCCUAUGGAAUUGUAUUCUUCAGGUUUUAGGGAGAGUUUUCACAAUCACCCAUAAGAAGAAAAAAUAAUAAUAAUAAUAACCAAUUGAGGUUGAGAGGUUGUUUUUUGGAGAAUCCAACUAAGAUGAAGGGACAAGUAGCACAAAGUGAAUCCGCUGAGCCUCGUCCCUCUCCCAAGUAGCAUAUCACCCUUCAUCGCACCUCCAUCCACAACACACCAUAAUGCACUUUUGACAAGUCAAGUGAGGAUGCUCAUGAUUUCAACAUCCACUCCAGCUGAGCCACAGCUUUCUCAUUUAAGGAAAAAAAAGGGGCCACAUAACUGUACUUCAUUGCCAGCAUUUGCACUUCUACAAAUUCACAGUGGCUUUAAUCGUAUUCGCCUCGCCUAAAAUGUGAUGAUUUGGAAUUCUGCCCAGCGUUAGGUACGAACGGUUUGCGUAAAAAGGUAACCAAAGCUACCUUUUUGUAUUGCUAAUCACUGUUAUCCACGGAUUAGUCUGAUAUUUAUUUAUUGAUUGUUUUAUCUAUUUAUUAGUCCUCUCGACUAAUUAAGUGUAUUACUAUUAUGUUCUGUGUGACAACCAGCAUUUUUUUGGGGUAAUCCAGUUAAUCUGGAGACCAAAGUUUUACUCGUCUAUGUUAAGAGAAGAGACUUUAUUUUAAGUGCCAAUAUGCCAAUAUAUAUAUAUAUUAGGAGAAAGCACGGUGCCAAUUGUAGAAAACAAGUAGGGCUCUAGAAAUGAUAAGAAAAAUAAGGGGGAGUAAAAAAAAAAAAGUGCACAUUUCACCUCAUCCAUUCAUCAGACGCCAUAUUGGAGUGAUGUAUGGAAAUGUUUGCUGCUACGUGUACAUAGAGAUUGCAUUACAAACAGACAAUAGCCCAUGUGAGUGACUGUCCUUGUCUUUAGGACAACCUGCUGUGUGUGUGUGUGUGUGUGUGCGCGUGUGUGUGUUUGUGCAAUUUUGUUUUUGGCCAUCUCUUGUAAGGUAUGCUAAGUAGCAUUAUCAUGUUCCUAUGUCUGAAGAGUGUAAAUUUAGUGACGGUAUGAUGAUUUUACUAACAACUUAGGUCAUCAGAGGCAAGACUCACUGGUGGGGAAAUUAGAGACAACACAUGCCUUUUGCGUUUCAAAUUCAUCAACCCUCAAAUGCUUGUUUGCUUUUUGCUUUCAACCAUUUUUUUUGCGUCUCAUUGGUUAUUUCCAAUCAUGAUAAAUUCACUAUGUUGUACUUCAGAUUCACCUUUUUUUAUAUGUCUAUUAAUUAAUGAAAUAAUUCAUUAAUUCAUAAGUCCCUGAUUUAUUUAUUUAUAUAUUUAUUUAUUAAUUUAUUUAUUAUUUAUAUUCAGUACCUUCGGCCCUCCACACAUGUUGGGCAGUCUUGUCAAAUCUUCUAUCCCGUGAGUGAGGUAAAUAUUGUCCUAUCAGUCAGAGCCUACUUUGAAGUAACAUUUACGGUCGUAGAGUGUCGGUAUACUCACAUAAUCACCUGAAUGAAUUUUGUUUUUACAUUCAUUCCGCUGUAAAUGCUGUUGAAAUAUGCUAAUCAUAGUUUUCAAGUGAGCAUGCAAGGCUGAUUUUGCCUCCGGCUAAGCCACGCCCCACAUAUGACGUCACAUUGUUUACAAACUCUAAAAGGGUCUUAUCUUGUUUCGUCAUAGUAGACCAAUGUGUGAAGAGUGAAGUAGCAGUCUACAGCAUAUUGACCUCCAUGACAUCUACCUACUUGACUGUUGUGUCAAUCUUCAGUCCAUUGUGUUGCUGUUCACAUUUCAGCCUUGAUAUUAUUUUUCAUGAUUGUACGAUGUGCUUAAAUUGUCAUUUCAGUGCCAUAAACUUGGUCAGGGUUUCCAGCAUUUAUGGUCAGAAGUCUGUUUUUAGUUAUUUAUUGGUCAGUGCAGUUGUGCCUUGAGAGAGGUGUUUAACUCAUCCAUGACUUCAUCUAUCAUUUUCUUUCGUAAGAAAACUAGCACCAGUCAGGGGACAUUGUGGUGUUCCUUCUGGUGAGCGCUUCAUGGCCACCUGGGGGCAGUAUAACAAAACGUAUAAUACGGACCUAGCCAUACAUGGACCGGUCAAAUUUCCUAAGAAGGCCACUGUAAUAUUGUAAUUAUUGUCAUUCUUCGUAGAGGAUAAAGAAUAUGUGUUUGUGAGUACUGUUAUCUCUUCCCUAAAUGUGCUACAUUUUUGCCAAAUGUCUAUUGCUUAAAGGGUUAUAGUAACUUUUAACACCACGACGCCAAUGCUUUUCUUCAAUCCCUAUGACAUUUUGCAUUAUUUGUUCGCCUUAAACUAAAGGGACUUAUCCAAAGCUAUAUGUGCAUGUUUUAAAUGCACAUUUCAUUCUCUUUCAUGUUUAGUUUGACAGUAAGCCUCAACUGGGAGGAGCAAUAAACAGACAAAAGCUGCUUUUUAGACAAAUUUGGCACUUUUGCUAACUGCUGCUUGUUGUGACGUGAGUCGAGUUAAUUUUUAAUUCAAAACCAUCUCAAGGCAUCGCUGUAAAUGCUGACGUUAUGCCACUGCAUAUUAUACUCCUGCAAGUUUGGCUUUUGAGCUGAAAAUGUUUGUGGAAACCCUGCACUGAGUCCCCAUUGCCUAAAAAUUCAUCUUUGGCCUUGAGUGAUAUGAGGAGAUGAUUCUCAAAAGGUUAUUCAUGACGUCACCGUGUACAUAACCUCAUCACCACCCAUGUAGCUGCAGCUAAUAUCCAGUGAGCAUAUGAAUUAGUAGUUGAGGCGCAUUCACGUGAUCUUACCAAGUGGCUCUCGAUGACAGCUGACGCCGUCAAAGCGUGUCACUUCUCAGUCUCGGGUGUUUAUGCUUCAGGCAUCCGACACCCCGGAGGCCCCGCGGUCACAAUAGCUUCUGCCUGUGUUAUCUGAAGGGCAAGAUAACAACUCUCCUCGCAAAGUUCCUCAAAGUCAAUUUAUCAAGCGGGUUGUUAAACCAAAAGGGCUUGCUCUGUUUACCGUUAAAACAUGAAAUUGUAUUAUGUAGAAGUCCAUUUCAAGAGUUUUCUCACUGUGCCUUUCAUAUGGAUGCCGGGGCAAACACAUUGAUGGGGUCAACCUGUUGUCAGAAAAAAACAAAAAAACAAGUAACGGUCUGACAUUUGGGGAUUUACUCAUUUAUAAUUCCACCCUCAUGCCUGUAUUGUUGAUUUUGAAAGCUGAUUCAUUGAGUGGUACGGAGACUGAACGUGGAUCUCUGCACCGUAUAGGCUCAUCUGAUCCUACUCUGGUUGUCUUGUGUAAGUGUAAACAAGAAAAGAUAAAUACAAAGGAUACGCUUGGUUUAUUGAAUCACAGUUUGCUAACAAUGUGCGUAGACUCCCAGUAGUCGCUUUUCCCAACACAUAAGUCUAUUUUUUCUACUCUACUUUUCAUGGCUGUUCCAAUUUGUUGAUCCGUGUCUGACUUAAUAAUUCUUCAACUAUUAUUUGGUUAAGAAGAUAACAUUUUAUAUGAACAUUAGCUUGCCAACAACCAAUUGUGAGCUAAACUGAUUUGAUGAUUUAAAUCUAAAAACGUUUUAAUGAACAAAUGGUCAUUAGUGUUUCCCAACCUUUAUUGAGUUAAGGCAUAAAAAUCUUUACAUUACAAAAAUUGCUUGUUGAACAACGGUACGUUAUUUGUAGCAAAUGAAUAAAUUCCAGGACAAUGGAGUUCACAAUAGUUGGGAAACACUGCCUUACUUUGCAGACAAAUUAGCAUACCGUAGCAUUAAAGUCAUUAUAUCAACCUGAUUCCGUAUCAGAUAAACUUAUGGGGAAUGUGGCAACUACUUUUGGCAUUGAUUUGCCUUUUUGUUAUUUUCGUUUGUUUGCAAGCACCUUUUCUAUGUUGAAAUGGGAAGUCAGAAAGAGAAGCAGACAAAAAGUGACAAGUCAUCCUCAUCAGGGCAAUUGAAUCAUUUGGAUCAUUUCGUGUCAUACUCGCUAAACACAAAACCCUCAUGGUCAUGCUACAAAAUAAAUACCAUAUAUAUACUAUAUCGAUAUUCUGUACGUGCUCUUUUGUUUGUUUGUUUUUAAAUACAAGACUAUCAUUGCCACCGAGGAGAAGCGAGUGCACUGUUCAUGUACGGUUCAGAACUGCACACAUUUGUGUGUGCGUGAGUCCGCCUACAUGAUGUCUACGUUGGCCUGGUUUUCCAACUAUGGGGUUACUUCCCCUUUGAAAGAGUGCCAAAUAUGUUUGAGCAUGUAAAACGUGGGGACCAAAAGAGUAUGGAUGACCCCAAGAGCCCAAAUUCAAUCAUUAAAUAAUAUGUAUUUAAUCAAUAUUUAAAGUGUCAUGAAUUCAUUUAAUUUAGUAAAUAAAUAACAUUGAAAUAUGUCAGCGCAUAUAUAUAUAUAAUUAUUUUUUUGGAUGGAUUUAUUGAUUUAAUUUUGGCUCUUUUAGUCCUCCAUAGGAGAGGGCCUCAUGAAGCAAAUCAUUGUGAUGCACUAAGAAAAAUGUUCUUUAUUUUGUCUCAGUUUGCAAAUUAAAAAAAAAAAAAAAAGAAAAGACAAAUAUUUCUUCAAGUGUUUGUUUUAUGUGUCUGUGUGCAUCCAUGGAUGACGGUCUGAAAUAGCCAUUAGAAGCCCCUUUGCUUCAUUUGUUGGACUGUCAAAAUGGACAUUAGGGUGAUUUUUGCCCUCGUUAAUCAUUCCGCACGCAGAUGACUUUUACUUGUCUGCUGUCCUCUUAAUUGAUCAUCUCAGAACAUAGUGAGCCUGAUACUUGGGGACUACUAUCAUUUAUAGCGUGUGGAUUUGUCCGAGAUGUACAAGUCAAUGUAAUUCCAAUAUUAAAAUGAUGCCAUGAAAAUAUCUUAUUGUGCAUUAAACAGUGUCAACUUUGCUUUC